GGACUAAAACAAAAUGUAAUUUAAAAAAAACAAAAACAAAAAAGUGUCUUAGUUUGGCACUGCCGUUGCUAUAGAAAGGAGUCGCUCUAAACAUUCGCUCCAAAAGCAAAAACCCUAAACCCCUUGGGGUUUUUUUUUUCUUUCUCGAAAGCUGCUCUGCUUUAUUUACUGGCUGUUCCCCAAAGAGUAAAAGACAGUGUUGAUUUCUUGGCUAGAUCCUUGCGCAAUGAUUUAUAUCUUUUAAAACUUUCCUACAAUGGCUGUUGAAGGAAGUAAAAAACCUCAAGCUUCAGCGUCUCAACCCCCGCGCAAAAUCAACUUACAAAAAUUCGCUGAAUCCAGAGCUGCCGAGCUCGAGUCGCUUCACUCAACUGUGUCCGCUCGACUCAAUAACGAUUUUAGGUCUCGUAGAAACAAGAGGAGGAGGACCACAGCAUUCGACAAUGAAGCUUCCAAGAAGAGAAACAGAAAGAGGCAGAGAUUAAUUAAGGUUGCUAAAAGCAAUGUUUCAGGUUUAGAGACGGAGCAGAAGAAGAAUGAAUCUCCCCUUCCACGUCGCCUUCGUCGGAGAUUGGAGCUUAAAAACAAUCCCCAAAGCGGUUUCGUUACUUCAGGGGAUGGUACCAAGCGAUUGAGAACGCACGUUUGGCACGCGAAGCGGUUUACAAUGGCUAAACGGUGGGGGUUUUACCUUCCCUUAGGAUUGCAUGGCAGAGGAGGGGGGUCGAGGGCGGUUUUGAGGUGGUUCAAACAGGGAGUGCUUCUCCAUGAUGCGAGCUAUAACAUUGCUGUUCAACUGGAAGGUCCAGAGGAUUAUUUAGUGGCAACAUUAGAGAUGGUUUUAGUUCCUUUUACAUCUGUUAAAUCUGAAGGUGUUUCUGACUCUGUUCUUUCCGGUGCUACUUAUGGGACUGCUAUGCUUCAUCAUGUUGGAGCACCUCUUUCACAGCCAAUUGCACCUGUGACUUAUAUGUGGCGUCCUCAUCAGGGGAGUAAAAAAGAUGACAACAAUAAUUGCCUUGAUGUGGUUGGAACUAAGGAGCAAUGUAGAACCAACUAUGGUUCUUGCUUUCGCCAACUUUGGGUUUGGAUCCAUGCCUCAGCUUUUAAUGAGGGAUAUGAUGCUCUAAAAUGUGCUUGUCAGAAACUGAUGAUUGAGAGAGGCAUCACCAUUAAUUGUUUUUCACAUGAGGGUCAACUUGCAAGAUUGGAAUUAAUUGGGUCCAAGGCAUUUCAACUUCUUCAGAAGACUGUUCAUCCUGUCUCUUGCAUCGUGGAGAAUUCUUGGCGACUACAAAAGUGUUCAUUUCAGAGGGAUAGGGAUGACUUUCAAAAUAAAAACUCUUUUACACUUGAAGAUGAGGAAUGUAGUCCUUCUUGUGCUAUUUUAUCUUUUACCGUCAAGGAUCCUCGUCUAUUGCCCACAAAAGAGACCAAAGAUUUUCAUGAGCCAGAUUCUAUCAUUGAUAUGCAAGAAGUUGGAGCCAGUGACCAUAUUACUUUAACUGGAAAUUUAGAUAAGAACAAAAAGGUAGCCUCACCCUCAUGUCCAAAACCUGAAGGAAUUGAAAAUUUAUCUGGUGGGAGGAAUUUGUGGGAUUCUAGCAGUAGAAUAGAUCCUCCAGAGGAAGAAAACGAACUUUGCAUGGAAAAGCAUCAGCAGCGGAUGGGUUUCUUUUGCCUUGAUGAACCAAAACCAGGGCCUCCAAAGACUUCGAACAAGGUGCAGUGCUCGUGUUCUUGCCCUAUUUUGCUUCUAAAAAAUAAUAACAAGAAGGGCUCUCCUAUGGGAUGGUCUAUUGUAGUACCUAUAAGUUGGGCUAGGGUCUUCUGGAAUUUUCUUGUCUCCAAAGGGGCCCAUGUGAUUGGGCUGAGAGAAAAACACUGGAUUGCUUGUGAAAUUGGAUUGCCUUAUUUUCCUUCUGAUUUCCCCGAUUGCAAUUCAUACUUGACCUUAAAUGAAAUUGAAGCCACUGCCUCUAGGAAAAAUGCAGAGCAGCAUCCUCCUGCUGUAAGACCUUUUAGAAUUCCUAUUCCAUCACCUUGGAAUGUUGUCCAUACUGCUUUUGACAAGCUGUCCAGGAGGGUUAAAGAAGCUCAAGUUUCAAGUGGAGAAAAUAUAGUUCGGAAAUACUCGAUGGGUAAUUCAAGUUGUGAAAGAAGUGAUGUUACAUCAUUGAGAUAUCGUGAUUCAUUUGGUGGCAUUGUUGCAAGGACAUCUAGUUUGCUGACUGAAUUCUUGAAUGGCAUUCAGGGUGAACAUUUACUUCUAUUUCCUCAAUUGCAAAAUAGAAAAUCAAGUCUUGUUAAGGUUAUGAAGGACAAAAACAUGAUGGAAAAAGGCCAAAAUGGGAUUACUCAAAUUAGCUAUAACCAUAAGUUAUGUUUUGUAAGGGUUCAUCUUCAUGCAUACAAGGAGGGUGUUUUUGAAGACGGAGCUGUUAUAUGUGCUCCAUCUCUCACUGAUAUAUCAAUGUGGACUUGCAGCACAGGCAGCAUUGAAGGUAGACUCGAAAUGCCUAAUUCUGCUGUGGGGUCAUACUUCAAGGAACAACCUUCUGGUAAGUGGGAACUCAAUGUACCAGAUGACCCUGCUUCUAGAGAAUAUCAUCGGUGGCCAGUUGGUUUUGUCACAACUGGAUUUGUUCGAGGGAGCAAAAAGCCAACGGCAGAGGCUUUCUGUGAGGCUGUCUUGCUUGCUAGUCUGAGAGAAGAGCAGUGGAAGGAGAUGACAGUGAAUCGUAGGAGGAAGGAGAUAUAUGUCCUUGUUAGGAACCUUAGGUCUUCAGCAUAUAGACUUGCUCUUGCCACCAUUAUCCUGGAAGAAGAAGAAGAAGAAGAUGUCAGAUUCUUAUGACAUUGUUUCUCUUUGCUUGACCAAUGCAUUAUUUCAGAAAACAUGUUUUUCCUUUCUAAAUGGUGGGAAAAGCCAUUGGGAGAUUAUAUGAAGACAUAUAUACGUCUUGCUUCCUACUCAACCUGGCGAUGAGGAAUCAUUUUUCAUUUUUCUCGGUAAAUUAUUUAGUAUGAAAAUCAUUUUUGUUGAAAUAAUGAUAAGAAGAAGCUUCGUUGGGUGAAUGGUUUGUUUAUUAAUUAUUUUUAGUCUUAAUGGUUCUCGAAAAUUAAUUUUCUACAAA